AUGGAUUCAUUCAAAGACAAGGUGAUCGCCAUCACUGGGGGAGCCUCAGGAAUUGGUCUCGCCACGGCCAAAGAACUCUCCUUGCGUGGUGCCACCAUUUCACUCGCAGACAUCAAUAAGACCGGAAUUGAUGAUGCUCUCAAGGCUUUAGCAGGUAGCGGUGGCAGUCACACUGGCGCCGUGGUUAACGUCCGCGACAGCAGAGCCAUUACUGAAUGGAUCAAUCAAACAGUGGUAGACCAUGGUAAGCUAGAUGGGGCAGCUAAUCUAGCCGGCACGAUUCACAUCCAACGCCCGAUUGCAGCGGAGACGGAUGAGAUCUGGGCAAGGACGAUGGAUGUUAAUACCAACGGCGUAUUCUAUAGUCUAAGGGCUGAGUUGAACGUUAUGAAAGAUGGCGGGAGUAUUGUCAACGCGAGUAGCGUUGCUGGCCAUAUCGGCUUCCAAGGGAUGGCGGCAUACUGUGCGAGUAAAGCGGCCGUUAAUCUCUUGACGAAGACGGCAGCGCGCGAACAUCCCGGGAUCAGGGUGAACGCUGUCUCACCAGGGGCCACUGCAACUCCUAUGGUCAAAGCCAUGGAGGAGCAAAUGGGGCAUAGCCAGCCCACAUCCGCGGCAUGCAUACCUCGCCAGGCGGAUCCCAUUGAGAUUGCCAAAGCGAUUGCGUUUCUUCUGAGUGACGAUGCCAGUUUCGUUACUGGCACCGUGUUCGAUGUGGAUGGUGGUUACAUGGCUUGA